GGCCAAAUUGAAGAACUCAAAACCAUCAAACAUAUUAAUUAACAGCUUCCUAAAAUAUUUUUUUUCCAUUGCUAUCUUGAGCUACUAGCACUCCUUCCAUGGCAGCUACCACCUCGCUAUUUGCCAUAGCAAUUUUAUUGCUCAGCAUACAACAUACUGCAGAGGCACAAAUUGGAGUAUGUUAUGGCGGUAGUCAAAAUGGUGACAACUUACCAUCACAGCAAGAUGUGGUGAACUUCUACCAAUCCAAGGGCAUACAAGCAAUGAGAAUGUACGCUCCGUAUCAAGCAACACUCCAAGCAUUACAAAGUACAAACAUCAAAGUCAUCCUAGACGUACCUAACGAUAAACUUCAAUCUCUAGCAUCUGAUCCAUCGACUGCAAUGGAAUGGGUCCAAACCAACGUGGUCCCUUUCGCGUCGUCGAUUAAAUACAUCGCCGUUGGUAAUGAAAUCCAUCCGUCCGAUCAAGAAGCCUCAUCAGUGCAACCAGCCAUGCAAAAUGUUCUUAAUGCACUAAAAUCAAACAAUUUAGAUGACCAAAUUAAGGUUUCUACAUCUAUCGAUACAAGCUUAAUCACAAACUCGUACCCACCAUCUAAUGGUCAAUUUAGUGACAUAUCAUACGUUACCCCGAUUAUUAACUUUUUAACUAGUAACGGUUCUCCUUUGUUGGUUAAUAUUUACCCUUACUUUUCUUAUAGAUAUGGUAACAAACAAGAUAUUACUCUUGACUAUGCAUUAUUUAAGGCACCCGGUAAUGUUGUUACUGAUAGUAACAAUAACUUAAAUUACCAAAACUUGUUUGAUGCGAUGGUGGAUUCCGUCUACGCUGCGCUAGGGAAAGCCGGUGCACCUAACACGGCGGUUGUCGUGUCCGAGACAGGGUGGCCAUCGGACGGUGAUGGUGAUGCUGCUACAGUGGAUAAUGCGGGAACUUAUUAUAGGAAUUUAAUCAAUCAUGUGAAUCAAGGGACUCCGUUGAAAGCAGGGCAGGCGAUUGAAACAUACUUGUUUGAAAUGUUUGAUGAGAAUAAAAAACCAAAUGAUGAAACUGAGCGUCACUUUGGGCUCUUUUUUCCUGAUCAACAUCCUAAAUAUGGCCAAAUCAACUUCAGCUGAUAUUUUACUUUAGCUCGUUUACACCAAAAAAAUAUAUGUAAACUUUAGCUCGUAAUUUAUUUCUCAUUAUAAGCAUGCUAUCUAUAUAUACAUAUUACUUGCAAUAAAUAAAAUAAGCCUUCCAGUGUAACUUAAAAGAGACUACAUAUAUGGUACGAUAUCGGUAUAGUCAAUCAUCUUUACAGUGUUUGGUUUGUAUUCUA